AUGCCUCGCCGCGCCGCAUCUGCACCGCCGCCGAAGGGCCUGACCCGGCCAGUGAAGGUUUGUGUGCGGGUACGUCCGGUGCUUGAGCGAGAGGUGGAGCAUGGUACUUAUCAUGGGUGUAUCGCCAUCGCCCACGAGAGAGUCUACAUCAGCACGGAGGACAAGCCCGUGCUCAUCGGAAGCAAGGACGACCCGUUGCCGGAGGGAAUCCGCGCCUACCCUGGCUUCGAUGGCCUCCUGGACCAGGACGCUUCACAGGAGGAUGUUUUCCAGUCCGCCGGAAAGGAGGCCGUUGACGGAGUUCUGCUUGGCCUGAAUGCCGCCAUCAUGGCUUAUGGCCAAACCUCGACGGGAAAGACACACACCAUGGUGGGCGACCGGACACGUCCAGGCCUCUGCCUCAAGGCAGCAGGGCACCUCUUCUCGGAAGCUGCGCUGUGUGGAUCGCAGAUCGAGGUUCAAGCUUCGUUCCUCCAGCUGUACCUAAACCACAUCACGGAUCUCCUCGUAGCCGAUGGCCACGAGCGUUCGCUGAAACUGCGGGAGGUGGUGGGCGAAGAAGCGACGGACACAAAGGUCGAGGGACUCUCAGAGAGGUUGGUGCAGUCGAUGGACGAUGUUGCAGCCGUCCUCGAGGAGGGCAACCGACGACGGCAGCAGGCGUGCACUGCGCUGAAUGCCAGCUCAAGCCGGUCCCACGCGGUGCU